AUGUUCGUCACCGGAGGAGGCCAAGGCGAGGUCCCUCGCAAGGUCGAUGUCGACCCGUACUUCGACAACACCAAGCUCUUGUACGGAAACGCAGACAGCAAGGUGCCUUAUACUCCUCAGAACACGUACAAGGAUCCGAACGGCGACCGACAAGACUACCUCGAGCGCACCAAGGGUAUGACCGCGAUGCAGAAGCACGUGGCAUUCUUUGAUGGCGACUGCGAUGGUGUCAUCUGGCCCACGGACACCAUGUUGGCCUUCCUUUCGCUCGGGUUCGGCUUCGUGCUGUCCACCCUGGCGAUGGGCAUCAUCCACGGGCCGUUCUCGUACCCGACGCUGCCACGCAAGAGCAACAGGGUUCUGAAUUGGCUUCCUGACCCUUUCAUGCGCAUCUAUGUGGCCAACAUCCAUCGCUGCAAGCACGGCUCGGACACAGAGUCGUACGACCGACGCGGUCAGUUUCGACAGAGCCAAUUCGAAAGCAUCCUGGACGACUACUCGACGCGUCACAACAAGGAUGCGCUGUCGUUUUCGGAUGCCAUGGCUAUGAUCCGCGAGCGCCGCGACCUCAUGGAUCCGUUUGGAUGGUUUGCGUUCAUGUUUGAGUGGGGGAGCACCUAUAUGCUGCUCUGGCCAGCCGAUGGUUAUAUGCGCAAGGACGACAUGCUGGGCAUCUUUGACGGAUCGACGUUUGUCGUGCUCGCUCACCGCCACAAAAGCGGGAAAGGAGGCGGAGCUUUCAAGCCCAAGAAGGCCUGA